GCGACUUUAAUCCAGAAGUUCCGCCUCCUAGACUCUGGGAAGGGGGCGGUAUCUACUGGGAACGCCAUCUCCAUGGUGAUACAGCUGGGUGCAGCAUGUCGGAUCUUGGCUCUGAAGAGAUCGAAGAGGAGGCAGAGAAUGAUUUGGGGGAAUAUGAAGGUGGACGCAAUGAGGCUGGUGAACGGCAUGGACAUGGGAAAGCCAGAUUACCCAAUGGAGAUACCUAUGAGGGAGAAUAUGCAAAUGGUAAAAGAAAUGGAAAGGGUCUAUAUAGAUUUAAAAAUGGUGCAAGGUACAUUGGUGAAUACCUUGAAAAUAAAAAACACGGCAAUGGGAUCUUUAUUUAUCCAGAUGGAUCAAAAUAUGAAGGAGACUGGGUGGAGGACCAAAGACAUGGAAAUGGAGUUUAUUCUUACAUAAAUGGAGACACAUACACUGGAGAGUGGUUCAAUAAUUAUAGACAUGGGCAAGGUACUUAUUUCUAUGCAUUAACUGGUUCUAAAUAUGUUGGCACUUGGGCAAAUGGGCAACAAGAAGGAGCUGCUGAACUUGUUCACCUAAACCACAGGUUCCAGGGAAAGUUUGUGAAUAAAAAUCCAUUAGGUCCUGGGAAGUAUAUAUUUGAUAUUGGAUGUGAGCAGCAUGGUGAAUAUUGUCAGGAGCUCAUACAGUACUGUACAAACCAAGGAAAAAGAAGGAGUAACAAACAAAUAUCUUCUACUCAGAAUUAUGAGAAACAAUUAGCCAUUGAAAUCUUUUCAAAAGAGGAGAAAACAGAAGAAGAGGAGGAAGAAGAACCUUUGGUAACAAUGACUCCAAAAUGGAAAGCAACAAAAAUUACUAACCUAACACUGUGGGUACCUGAAGAACCGCCUCCGCCAGAAGCAGCUCCAGCAGCUGCAGAAGGUCCACCAGCUGAGGAACCUGUAGUUGCAGCUGGUGAGGAGAGUGCUGCUGAAGGACCCUCAGAAAGUGCAGGGGAGGCCACUGAAGCAGCCUCUUCACCGAAAGAUAUGGAAGAAGAAGAGGAGGCAGCUAAAGAUGACCAAGGAGAUCAGGCUGAAGAAAAGGAAGAAGAUACAAGAGAAUCUGAACCUCAAGAAUAAUGGACACAAAUUACAAAAACGUGGAAAGGAAUUAGUUUUAAUUCAGUCACAUAAAGUUCAUUAACUGAGAAUUUGAAUACAUAUUGAAUUCUCUCACUGAAAUCAUUGGCUAAUUUUGCUGAGUAUAUGACUUCAAUUUGGUUAGUUUAUUGGCUGGUUUGCUUGCUUAAUGUUGGAAGCAGCAGACUUGUUUCUUUUCUGUCUGAGGUAAGAUUUCCACUUCCAUCUUUACUCAUUCCUGCCUCUUUUCUUCCUCCCCAACCCCCUCACCCAAAAAAUUAAAUGCUAUCUUUUCUGAAUUAUUUUCAACACUUUAAAGAAGUUUGUUAUGCGUAGUUUAAAGAAACAAUAAAAUUUAUAUUGACUAAA